AUGGCGACGCCCGUGUCCCCCGAAGAUUGGGAGGUCUCCGAUUUCGAAUUGGCCUCCAGCACCUCCGGCACGUCCGUCACACUCUCCUCCACCUCGUUGGUCUCCGUGGAAUCCAGGUGCACGGACGAGGAGGAAGAGGAAGAGGGCAUGCUGAAGUGGGGCUAUUUGAGCGAGCGGAUGACCAUGGAGAGCGAGUUCCAGGUGUGGGAAGCCACCAGGGGAUGGCACCAAGCCUUCCUCGAGGUGUCCGACCGCUGCUACGACUACACCUCCCAGGUGGGUCGGUCCCUGGAGAACAGAUCCCGCAACCGCUACGCGAACGUGAGCCCCUACGACCACAGCAGGAUGCAAGGCGAGGACGAGCAGAACAAUUACAUCAACGCCAGCUUCGUGAUGGUGGAGGAGGCCCAGCGGAAAUAUAUCCUGACGCGGGGGCCGCUGCCCAACAAGUGCAGCCACUUCUGGCUCAUGGUGUGGCAGCAGAACAGCAGGGCCGUGAUCAUGCUCAACCACUUGGUGGAGAACAACAACACCAAGUGCUCCCAGUACUGGCCCCUCUGCCAGGGCCAGACCCUCCUCUUCAAGGAGAUGGGCAUCAGCGUGUGCAUGCUGAAGGAGGAGGUGAGGAUCUCCUUCACGGUCCACUUCCUGAGGCUGAAGAGCACAAUGAUGAGGGAGGUCAGGUCCGUCUUCCACUUCCACUACACAGGCAGGGCCGACUUCGGGGUGCCUAAAGCACUUGCUUCCUUCCUGUCCUUCCUUUUCAUGGUGAGGGAGUCGGGCUGCCUCAAUGAUGAGCAGGGGCCCGCGGUCAUCCACUGCAGUGCUGGCAUCGGGCGGUCAGGCAUCUUUGCUUUAGUCAAUACCUGCCUGGUCCUGAUGGAGAAGAGAGAGGACCCCUUUUGCCUGAACAUCAGACAAGUAUUGGUGAACCUGAGAAAGUACCGGAUGGGACUUAUCCAGACCCCAAAACAGCUAAGAUUCUUCUACAUGGCUGUCAUCAAAGGGGUAAAAUUCCUCAUGGCAGAUGAAAAUUUCAAGAAAAAGUGGAAAGCACUUAGCAAUGUAAGACCAGGGCCCAGCUAUGAUGAGUCACUAUCUCAAACACAUACAGAAUUCGAGGAUACAGUAGAAAGAGAUGCAGGUUUUUCAGAUCUAGCAACGAGAACACCAAAUAGUGGAGGAAGGGAGCAGUGA